CGUCUCGCCUUGAGGGCGGGGGGAGUCAAGGGGAAUGGGAAAAGGAGUUGCCGGAGUGGUUCACUUUCUGGCGCAUGCGCAUUUGGAACCAGGAAGUGAGUUUGGGUUGUACAGGGACCAUGGAGGGGAGUGGAGGAGAAAGGUGCCUCUCCAUGGAAGCCUUUGCCCAAGUGGCAGAAGGCGGUGUCUCUAGCCCACAGUUCACGGCACUCUGCUCUUGGCUGGUCUCCGAGCUCCGCCUCUUUUGCCCUCUGGAAGAGGAUGUGAAUCCAACUGAAGGCCCUGAGGAUGCAGAGAUGUUCCAAAUUGAAGUGAGCGGUCUCCUGAAUGAGCUCAAUUGCCCUUAUCCCUCACUGACCAAAGGCGAUGUCACAGCCAGACUCAGCACUCCAGAGAAUUGUCUCCAGCUGCUGUAUUUCUUGAGCUCUGAGCUCCUUGCAGCCCGGCUUCAGGCACGGAAAGCACCCCGCUCGCCUGAGCAAGACGACAGAGCCGGCGAAGCCAUGCGUGAGCUCCACCACAUCUGCAAGGCCCUGGGAAUGGAGGAACCAGAUCCCACUUGCUCUAUCCAUCAGCUCAUGGCUGACAUAGAAUCCAAGAUCUUGGAGGUACUUUCUACACUACCCGCUGAGAAGAUGGCACCACUCCUGAAGGUCCCGCUUUCUACUGCAGAAUGGGAGACAUUGUCAAACAUCCACAAAGCCCUGCAAGCGGAGUACCAGAAACGGAAGCGGAUGAUGGCCACUCGCCUUGAUGUCACUGUUGCAUCUUUCCAUUGGUCUGAGAGGGCCGAGAAGCAUAGAGCAGCCAUGACGGCCGUCUUUGAGCCCUUGAGGCAGUCUCUACUGGGCAGUUCCCAGAUCACCCUUGCCCAAUUGCUCGCGGCUAGGGAGGACUUUUCGCGUAUCAUCAAGACCAGCAGUGGAGCCUCACGAGACAAGACCAGUUGUGCAAUAAACAAGGUGCUGAUGGUUGGUGAUGUGCCGGACCGGGGAGGGCGCCCAGGUGAGAUCGAGCCCCCGAUGCCCAUUUGGGAAAAGAGGCGAGAGGGAGGAGGAGGAGGAGGAGGUCACCAGCGUUGGGGCAAACGGAGCAAGAAGAAGAAAAAAUGACAAGAAAACACUAGUCUUUUCCAGCAUGGUUUGGAGGCUUCGAUAACUUAACUCUACAAAGGGGAGCAGCCGAUUCUGGGUUCUCCUCGUUUCUCCUGGUUCUCUAUUUGGUUAUAUAGGCUUCACCGAGGUGAUUCUAUGUUGCCUCUCCUCACAGUGGAGGUAAAGUAAAGGUAAAGGUUUCCCCUGAUGUUGAAUUCACUUUAAAAUCAGUUUGACAUUGUUGUAGGCUCGCAACUAAGAGGACAGUUCUGUGGCUUUGAUGGGCAUAAAUCUCCCCUUAUUUUAGCUUGCCCUUCAGCUGUUGGACCCAGGCGUUAGUCUUACCAGCCAAAUAGUUUGAUACUAUAUGGAUUGUUUUUGUUAAAUUGCUUUCAAAACAAGGGAAGCUCCUAAACAUUUGUUAAGUAUUUGACUUUUUGUUUUAAAAUAAUAAUAAUUUGCAGUCAAAGGGACAGAAAGCCAUUGGAUGGAGUACAGUUAUUCCUGUUCAGGGUAAAAUGAAUACUACACCUAUUUAAGGAUGUAGGAAGUUGGCUUACAGGGUGGUGUAAUCAAAUGUUUUGGACUUUUGCUUAAUGAGAUUCAAUGUUGGUAGACUUUUCUUUUUCAAGUUGGUGGAGGCAGUAUUUAAUAAAAGAAUUCAGACUGUUUUAUGUUUCAUAGGA